CAGCAUUCCUGGGCCUGGAACAACACGCGUUUUUACUCCGGCCGAGCAUAGCAAAAGGAACUUCCACUCCAUUCGACAUUGAACCCACUACUCGCUCUGCUACGACCGCUCCGAGGUCGCCUGGCGAUCAGCUUCAAUAUCCGUCAGCCCUGACCCACGACCUGGGUCAAGAUGGUGGGAAACACCUCGGCGGGACACUCCCCGUCCCAUGCGCAGUCCUCACUACCGUCGUUACCUUCGCAUCUGCAAUCCGACACACAUCUGACGGCACAUUUGGCCAGCCGCUUCCAUGUCGGCUUACCAACCGCCCGCUUGUCCUCGCAAGCUUUAAUCAGUCUCAACACAUACACCUCGUCUGCUAAGGGCCCCGAUGGCGACAAAGAGGGUAGUGCGAUGGGAGAGGCGGAGGACCUUGCGAGACGUGCAUUCACUCGUCUGGGUGCACGGGCAGAAAACCAGGCUAUCGUUUUUCUUGGCGAGAGUGGCUCCGGAAAGACCACCCUUCGUUCUCAUAUCGUAUCCGCCUUCCUCUCGUUCUCCUCGACCCCUCUAUCUUCGAAACUUUCGUACGCCACUUUCGUUUUUGACACCCUGACGACGACCAAGUCCCUAACCACGCCGACGGCAUCCAAAGCGGGUCUCUUCUUGGAGCUUCAGUACGAUGGCUCAUCGUCGGUGAAUCCCACCCUGAUCGGUGGUAAGAUUAUCGACCACAGACUGGAGCGCAGUCGCAUUGCCUCGGUUCCCACUGGAGAACGGAGCUUUCACGUCCUCUAUUAUCUCCUGGCCGGAACGAGUGCGGCCGAAAAGGCUCAUCUCGGAUUCGAUAACUCGGUUCAUGUCUCGACCGCUGCCGGAAAACUGUCCUCGGCCUCGAUCGGACACAAACGAUGGAGAUACUUGGGUCAUCCCACCCAGCUCAAGGUGGGCAUCAACGACGCCGAUGGAUUCCAGCACUUCAAGACCGCAUUGAGAAAGUUGGAGUUCCCGCGCAGCGAAAUCGCGGAACUGUGUCAGAUGUUGGCGACAAUCCUUCAUCUGGGACAGCUGGAUUUCGUGAGCGGGCAGACCACGACGACCGGCGCCGAAGAAUCUGGCGGAUACUCCCACGAGGGUGGCGAGAGGGUCACUGUCGUGAGAAACAAGGAUGUUCUGUCCAUCAUUGCAGCAUUCUUGGGCUUGGGCGUCGAGCAACUCGAGACCAGUUUCGGCUACAAGACCAAGACCAUCCGUCGGGAGCGCGUCACUGUGAUGUUGGAUCCCAAGGGAGCCCGCCAGAAUGCGGAUGACCUGGCCCGAACCCUCUACUCUCUCCUGGUAGCGUAUGUGAUCGAAACCAUCAAUCAGAAGAUCUGCGCUGCGGAGGAUAGUGUCGCCAAUACUGUCUCGAUCGUCGACUUCCCGGGUUUCUCUCAAGUCAGUGCGACCGGCUCGACGUUGGACCAGCUGCUCAGCAACGCGGCAACGGAAUCCUUGUAUAAUUUCUGCUUGCAAUCCUUCUUUGACCGGAAGGCGGAGAUGCUGGAGCGGGAGGAGGUUUCCGUGCCGGCGACGAGCUAUUUCGAUAAUAUCGACACCGUUCGGGGGCUGUUGAAACCCGGAAACGGGUUAUUGAGUAUUCUUGAUGAUCAGACCCGACGUGGAAGGACUGACCACCAAUUUCUCGAAUCGGUGAGAAGACGUUUCGAGAACAAAAAUCCGGCCAUCACCGUUGGCUCAGGCCAAGCCACCGGAGUGGUCUCGCAGCAUGCUCGCACUUCGUUCACCGUGAAGCAUUUCGCUGGGGAAGUUGAAUACCCCGUACACGGCCUUCUCGAAGAGAACGGUGAUAUGAUCUCUGGGGACUUGAUGAACCUCAUGAAGUCGACCAGCAGCGAGUUUGUGAGGGAUUUGUUUGGCCAGGAGGCUCUCCACACGGUCACCCAUCCUCAGGAGAAAUCCGCCAUUGUCCAAGCGCAAGUCAGCUCCAAGCCCCUACGGAUGCCCAGUAUGGCCCGGCGCAAAGGUGGCCCGUCUCCCCGGCCCAUUUUCGACGCGCCUCCGCCUAUAGACGACAGGGAUGAGAAUGAGAGCCAGGCUGAUAGCGCAUCGAAGAGUUCGGGAAGACGCAAGAGUGCCAUGAUCGCCAGUGGCAUUCAAGGCGCUGCGGGACAGUUCUUGUCGUCACUGGACAUUGUUAACAAAUGUCUGAGCUCUCCGAACUUGAACCCGUACUUCAUUUUCUGUCUGAAGCCCAACGAUCGACGCAUCGCCAACCAAUUUGACAGUAAAUGUGUGCGCGCGCAAGUGCAGACCUUCGGCAUCACUGAAAUCAGCCAGCGAUUGAGGAAUGCCGACUUUAGUGUCUUCCUCCCCUUUGCCGAAUUCCUGGGCUUAGCGGAAAUUGGCAAUGUCGUGGUGGGAAGCGAUAGGGAGAAGGCGGAGGUUGUUCUUGACGAAAAGCGAUGGCCCGGUAAUGAAGCGCGGGUCGGUAGCACAGGUGUCUUCCUUAGCGAACGCUGCUGGGCAGACCUUGCAAAGGUCGGGGAGCGCGUCGUCCCUGUCUAUGCUCCAGGUGAAGGUUCCGACGAAGGUGGAGACGGUCUGCUACACCCGCAGACCCCCGGCUAUCAUGAUUCCAAAGUCCGACUUCUUGGCCCAGCUGACCAGUCACCGGGAGGUUUCAUCUACGGUGAGGAAGGAAAGCAAGGGUAUUUCGGUAGCCGUGAUCUCGAUGGGCGCUCGGAGGCCGGUGCCUCUGCCUUCAAUUCGGGUGACAUGUUCCGGAAUUUGGACACCCGCGAGCAGAUGCUGGAGAAGGGCAAUGAGAAGAACAUGGAGGAGAUCGACGAUGUGGUUGUGUCUGGUAGUCGCAAGCGGUGGAUGGCCUUGGUCUAUCUCCUAACCUGGUACAUCCCCGACUUCACUAUCAAAUGGCUCGGUCGCAUGAAACGCAAGGAUGUGCGAAUCGCCUGGCGUGAAAAGUUUGCGAUCAAUUUGAUCAUUUGGUUUUGCUGUCUCGUCGCCAUCUUCUUCAUUGUCGUCUUUCCUUCCUUGAUUUGUCCUACCCAGCACGUUUACUCGUCCGCGGAACUGUCUUCACACAACGGCAAGGAUGGGCACAACUCUUUCGUCGCUGUCCGUGGUGUGGUCUUCAACCUGGGUAAAUUUAUGCCAGCCCACUACCCCGAUAUCGUGCCCGAAUCUGCCUUGAAGAAAUACGCAGGAACCGAUGCUACCGGUUUGUUCCCAGUCCAGGUGUCAGCUCUAUGCCCCGGCACGACUGGAAAAGUUGAUCCUACGGUGCUCCUGGACUACUCAGCGACAAACGUCUCGGGAUCCGCCACUACCGUCAGUACCACAGAUACCAACAAGCAGUAUCACGAUUUCCGCUACUUCACCAACGACUACCGGCCGGAUUGGUUCCAGGAACAAAUGAUUAUGCUAAGAGCCAAUUACUUCAAGGGCUGGGUCGGCUACACCCCAGAGUACAUCAAGACGCUAGGAGACAAAUCUCAAUACAUCGGUAGUAUCAACAACAAAGUCUAUGAUAUGACAACGUACGUUGCAGGAGGUCGGAGAGUGGAAGCUCCCGAAGGUGAGACAGUUCCUGCCGACGUCGAUCGCGAUUUCAUGAAUCCCCUGGUCGUCUCUCUUUUCCAAGACCUUCCAGGUCGGGAUCUGACGAAGUAUUGGGAGAACCUCAAAAUUUCCGACGUCAUGCGCCAGCGUAUGCAACUGUGCUUGGACAAUCUCUUCUUCGUGGGACAUCUUGAUACCCGUAACUCAGCUCAAUGUCAGUUUGCGCGGUACUUCAUUCUCGCAAUCUCCAUUUUCAUCGUUUCGGUCGUCGUUUUCAAGUUCCUUGCUGCGCUGCAAUUCACCAAGAAGAACCUUCCGGAAAAUCUCGACAAGUUCAUCAUCUGCCAAGUUCCAGUCUACACCGAAGACGAAGAUUCUCUGCGCCGUGCCAUUGAUUCCAUGGCUCGCAUGCGUUACGACGAUAAGCGCAAACUCCUCGUUGUCAUCUGUGAUGGUAUGAUUAUCGGACAGGGUAACGACCGUCCUACCCCAAGGAUGGUCCUGGAUAUUCUGGGAGUUCCGGAAUCUGUCGAUCCCGAGCCUCUCAGUUUCGAAAGUUUGGGCGAAGGUAUGAAACAGCACAACAUGGGUAAGAUCUAUUCGGGCUUGUACGAGGUUCAGGGACACAUUGUCCCUUUCCUUGUCGUUGUCAAGGUUGGAAAGCCUUCUGAGGUGGCUCGCCCCGGUAACCGAGGAAAGCGUGAUUCUCAGAUGGUACUGAUGCGUUUCUUGAACCGCGUUCAUUACAACUUGCCCAUGAGUCCGAUGGAAUUGGAAAUAUAUCACCAGAUCCGCAACAUCAUCGGCGUGAAUCCUACCUUCUACGAGUUCAUUCUGCAGGUGGAUGCCGAUACCGUCGUCGCUCCGGAUUCUGCAACCCGCUUCGUCUCUACACUGCUGGCUGAUACUCAAAUCAUUGGUCUGUGCGGUGAAACAGCCUUGUCCAAUGCUAAACAUUCGGCCAUCACCAUGAUGCAGGUCUACGAAUACUACAUCUCUCACAACAUGAUCAAGGCUUUUGAGAGUCUGUUCGGAUCGGUUACUUGUUUACCGGGUUGUUUCACAAUGUACCGCAUUCGCUCUGCAGAAAGUGGAAAGCCUCUGUUCGUCAGCAAGGAGGUUAUCGAAGCCUACUCAGAGAUCCGCGUCGAUACACUGCAUAUGAAAAAUCUUCUGCACCUGGGUGAGGAUCGUUAUCUGACGACCCUUUUGAUGAAGUUCCAUCCCAAGUUCAAGACCAAGUAUAUCAUCGCUGCCAAGGCCUGGACCAUCGCACCGGAGAGCUUCGCUGUGUUCUUGUCGCAGCGUCGUCGUUGGAUCAACUCUACAGUCCACAACCUGAUGGAGCUGGUGCCCCUUCAGCAGCUCUGUGGUUUCUGUUGUUUCAGUAUGCGUUUCAUUGUCUUCGUCGAUUUGCUCAGUACCGUUAUUCAGCCAGUCACCUUGGCUUAUAUCGCUUAUUUGAUCUAUUACCUGGUCACCGACACGUCCACUAUUCCUUGGACGACCUUUGUCCUUCUCGCUGCCAUCUACGGUCUCCAGGCACUGAUCUUCAUCUUCCGUCGCAAGUGGGACAUGCUUGGAUGGAUGGUUAUUUAUCUUCUGGGACUUCCGAUCUCCUCCUUGGCUCUGCCCUUGUACUCUUUCUGGCACAUGGACGACUUCUCCUGGGGUAACACUCGUGUCAUCACUGGAGAAAAAGGUCGCAAGGUCGUCAUAUCAGACGAAGGCAAGUUCGACCCGUCUUCUAUCCCGAAGAAGACCUGGGACGAGUACCAGGCCGAACUGUGGGAGGCGCAGACUUCCCGAGACGAUCGGUCCGAAGCAUCCGGCAUCUCUUAUGCCACUAAGUCCUACCACCCGAUGCAGUCUGAGUACGGAUUCCCGCCCUCGCGGCCGAUGUCCCAAUUCGGCAUGCCUCGUUACUCCUCGCGGAUGUCCCUAGCUCAAUCGGAGAGUAUGAGUCGGCACAUGGACAUGGAGAUGGAAGAUCUGUCUCACUUGCCCAGCGACGAUGCUCUCCUCGCCGAGAUCCGGGACAUUCUCCGCACCGCGGACUUGAUGACGGUCACAAAGAAGAGCAUCAAGCAGGAGCUGGAGCGACGAUUCGGCGUCGCGCUGGAUGCCAAGCGUCCUUACAUCAAUUCUGCUACUGAGGCUAUUCUCGCUGGUCACCUUUAAGAAGCCGGUCACUUUCUGACCUGAUUCAGAUGAGGGAGUCCUCUCUCCCUUCUUCCACGACGCUGUAUUAUUCUUCGUCUUUCAUGAUCAACACGCCCGCCCCCUUCCCCCCCCCACCCCUGACCCC